AUGGGCUCACAGUCGAAAUCGAUACCGUCCUCCGAUAAACCUACCUCUCUCCCCCCUAACCUCCUCCCAUCAGCGCCUGCCUCCCCUCCCACCCCGGCGCCCAGCCCGACUCCCCACCAACGACCAACCUCCUGGCGUCCUAAUGAUCAAGAAGAGGAUACGUUGCUGUCAAAUACCAAAUUCUUUGAAUCGCUGUCGGGACCUAGGCGGCAGCAAUUUUUGGAAUCUAUCCUGGGCCUGUGCAACAGCCAACAGCUCAGUUUUGUGUCUAGCUAUGUCGCCCCUCGCCUAAGGAAGGAUCCAUUUACUGUUUUUCCAACCGAGAUAUCCCUGAGGGUACUUUCGUUCGUUGACGACCCGAAAACCCUGGCCAGGGCGUCACAAGUAUCAAGACGAUGGCAUGAUCUGUUGAACGACGAUAUUACGUGGAAAAACCUAUGCGAAAGACAUGCGUUUACCCAUCGGCGGCCCGCUGAAGAUAACCUAGACUUCAUCGAGCCUAUUCACAAUCAUCGUACACACUCCCUCAGCGGACUACAAAGGAGGUCUAAUAGCGCUACGCUUCAGUCUCGUGAUGGAUUUGCAGACUUCCCGCGGUCACUAUCUGGAGAUUGGUCUGCGCCGUCGAGCGUACAAGCAAGGAAGCGACGAGUUCGGCCUCUCUCCUACAAAUAUCAUUUCAAGCAAAAAUACAUGAUAGAGUCUGCGUGGAGUAAAGGCGGCCGAUGCACCCAGCGCCACAUUUCGCCCGACCAAGGUGUGGUAACGAGUCUCCAUCUAACUCCGAGAUACAUUGUAGCUUCGUUGGACAAUGCUAAAAUCCACGUGUACGACACGGACGGAGGGAAUCAGAAGACACUCGAAGGACAUGUGAUGGGUGUGUGGGCUAUGGUUCCCUGGGAUGAUAUUUUGGUCAGCGGCGGUUGUGAUCGGGAAGUGAGAGUAUGGAACAUGGCUACCGGGGCAUCCAUCUAUUUGUUACGCGGCCACACUUCGACAGUUCGGUGUCUAAAAAUGUCGGAUAAGAACACCGCCAUCUCUGGCUCGAGGGAUACCACAUUACGGGUGUGGGAUCUAACAACGGGAACUUGCCGCUAUGUUUUGGUGGGUCACCAGGCCAGCGUCAGAUGCCUCGCUGUACAUGGAGAUAUCGUCGUCUCGGGGAGCUACGAUACCACAGCCCGUAUCUGGAAUAUAUCGGAGGGACGAUUUCUGCGAGCACUAUCAGGCCAUUUCAGUCAAAUUUAUGCGAUCGCGUUUGACGGCCGUCGAAUUGCGACGGGGAGUCUCGACACUAGUGUUCGGAUAUGGGACCCGAAUACUGGCCAGUGUCAUGCUAUUCUCCAGGGUCAUACGUCCUUAGUAGGACAACUACAGAUGAGCGGCGAUACCCUGGUCACUGGUGGUUCCGACGGGUCCGUUCGCGUUUGGUCUUUGACUAGAAUGGCUCCCAUCCAUCGCUUAGCCGCCCACGAUAACAGUGUAACCAGUCUCCAGUUUGAUAAUAAUCGGAUUGUUAGUGGUGGCAGCGACGGCAGGGUCAAAGUCUGGAGUUUACAAACCGGACAGCUCCUUCGAGAGUUAUCGACUCCGUCAGAAACCGUUUGGAGAGUUACUUUCGAGGAGGAAAAGGCCGUCAUCAUGUCUAGCAGAUCAGGUCGUACAGUGAUGGAGGUCUGGAGCUUUUCGCCGCCCCCAGAAGAACUUCCACUUGAUACAGCGAUGGCAGGCGCUUCGUCCAGCAUCUCCGAGCCGCCACCGACACAUGACAAUAGCUUAGCCAGAGAACUCUUGUCUCCAAAUUCAUCACAACGAAGCGAUGGCGAUCAACUGAUGGUGGAUGCGCCUUCUUGA